AUGGUUCAACUUGCCGCUCUCUCUGUAGCCGUCUUGGCUUCGCUUGCCCCUUUGGCUGCCGCAAAGAAUUGCAAGACUGGCCUCAACUACUGUGGCUUUGUCCUCACUAGCAUUGGUCUCCUAACGUGGUUCUUCGUGUCAGGAAAUUACGACUCUCAAAUUGCUGUGGCUUUGCAGGCCGCAAACCAACCCACUGAUGAUCUUCAUUUUCGCGAAUCUCUCUUCCAUUGCAACGGCGGUGGCAAUGGCGAUAUUUCGUUCUCGACCUACUGUGAUGGUGGUUGCCAGGAUGGGGGUUCUGGGAACAGUGAUCACUGUUAG